AUGUCUACUUCUGAGGGCAAUAAUAUUAAACCUAGAUAUGGACCAAAGGUUAUGCAACUUCGCGAGAUCGUCGCCCAACCCGUCUUUGCGGCCUUUUGCGCUGGCGGCGUGGCUGGAGCUGUCUCACGUACCGUCGUUUCGCCUCUCGAGCGACUGAAGAUUUUAUUCCAGAUACAAAGUGUUGGCAGGGAAGAAUACAAGCUCUCUGUUGGAAAAGGUCUUAUGAAAAUGUGGAAAGAUGAGGGGUGGCGCGGCUUUAUGAGGGGCAACGGAACCAACUGCAUUCGAAUUGUCCCGUACUCUGCGGUCCAGUUCGGGAGCUACAACUUCUACAAAAAGUUCUUCGAAGCUUCUCCGGGCCAGGAUUUGAGUUCCCUGCGGCGCUUAAUAUGUGGUGGUGCCGCUGGCAUCACCUCCGUUUGCUUCACAUACCCGCUCGACAUUGUCAGAACCCGCUUAUCCAUUCAGUCUGCUUCUUUUGCGGCAUUCAGCACCACGCAAAGGGCCAAGCUCCCCGGAAUGUGGCGGACCUUGGUCACUAUGUACAAGACGGAGGGCGGCAUUCCCGCCUUGUAUAGAGGCAUCAUACCCACAGUAGCAGGUGUCGCGCCUUAUGUCGGCCUUAAUUUUAUGACCUAUGAAAUUGUUCGAUCUUACCUCACACCUGAGGGCGACAAAAAUCCAAGCGCUUUACGAAAAUUGGCUGCUGGCGCUAUAUCUGGUGCCGUUGCGCAGACAUGCACAUACCCAUUUGACGUUCUUCGCCGACGUUUCCAAAUUAAUACCAUGUCGGGAAUGGGGUACCAGUACAAAUCGAUAUUCGAUGCUGUUAGAAUAAUUGUCGCCCAGGAGGGUAUUAGAGGCAUGUACAAAGGUAUAGUGCCAAAUCUGUUGAAGGUUGCACCAAGCAUGGCAAGCAGCUGGCUCAGCUUUGAGAUGACUAGGGACUUCUUGCUUACCCUUCGACUUGACGCCGAUGAUCCCUAA